AUGAGGAAUAAGCUGAGCAAAGAGAGUUUAGAGUUGGCAUCAGUCAUGUGUUACCAGCUGUGGGUAAGAAGAAAUGCCUUCAUUAAAAAGGCUCAAGUUGAUUUAUCCUUUUUCAAAGAGACCCAACAGAACUGUUUAAAGAGUAUAGAAGGGACUCACGGGAGAGGAUCAACCCAAAGAUGGAAAUCACCUGCAUGGCCAUAUGUCAAAGUGAAUUUUGAUGCAGCUAUUGAAAAAGUUAAUGGCAGGAUGGGUAUGGGAGUAAUCAUUAGAGAUUCAGAAGGCAGAUUGUUAGCUGUGGUGACAGCCUCUAAGGACCACAUCUCUUCAGCUGCCCAAGCUGAAAGUGCUGCUCUUCAUAGAGUUAUGGACCUUUGCACUGAGCUUGGUUUAAACAAAGUUUGUUUUGAAGGGGAUGCCAAGGUGGUUGUGGAUGCAGUGAACUCCAAAAAUUAA